GCUAUUAGCAGUGUCUUUUACCCCCAUGGGCCAUCUUCUCGUCGCUUCGCUCUCUCUCUCCCCCCCCCCCCCUUCUCUCUCACAGCUCUCUGGGCGGCGAUUAAUGGCGUUCCUACUCAACAAAGCAUCUAUUCUCUCCCAUCUACGCUCCAAUCCUGAGCAGCAGAGGACUGAGGGCUCGAUAUGUGUGCCGCGUCGGGAAUUCCAUGUGGAACCAGGGCCUCGCGAGAAGGCUCUAUUGGCAGAGGAUCCAUCAUUGAAGCGGUUCAAAUCACAUAAGAAAAAUGUGUGGCGACUCAAGAGACUUGGAGAUGUUCUCACAAUUGUCGUUGUAGCUGGAUGUUGCUACGAGAUUUAUGUAAAAGCAGUAAUGCGAGAGGAAGCUCGGAAGCAAGCUAGCGGGAGUGCAUAAUGAAGUUGUUUUUGUACCAUUUCAUGUGAUUCAGCAGCUCUCUCUCAAGAACAUUAGGAUUUUGCUUUGCUUUCCCUGUCAAUAAGCUUGCUUAAACCGGAUAACUUUAUGCCUUUGAUAUGACUUGGGGAUGGAAUUUGAUUUCAGUAAUGGCAAUAAUGCCCUGGUGAGUGCUGGCCCAACAUUCUUCAUUCAUUUUGUUUUGUCGUCAUUAACUUCACAAAUCUUAACAUAACAAAAGAUUAUUAUAUAAUAAGAUGUAUGUAUGCAUAUGACAUGAUUUUGAGCUAUCA